AUGCUUUCCCUCAUUCUGAUUCUCCUCGCCGUUGCCUGUCCGGCACAUGCAAACUGGAUCGACGAUGCCGCCAAAAACCUCGCCACAGAUCUGGCCCCAUUCCUCUCGCUUUUCGGUGAGAAGAUGCUUCUCCACUGGAUCAGCCAAUCUGUUACGUAUUUCGAAGUGCUGGUGAUCGCCAUAUGCCCCAUUGGCGUCCCGGCACUUAUCGUCAGUGCCAUUCGCCUAGCGGGUAGCCGGAUAAUGAAGAAUGUGAUUGGAAGGCCGAGGGAGAGCCGUCCUGCGGUCGAGUCAGAACUGACUCCGUCGACUUCUGAUGAGGUGUCAGAGUGUUGGGACGGACACAGGGUCGUGCGCACGAUCGGAGAUGCGAAGACUCAGGAGUACUUCGUUUUGAAGCGCGCCGGUGCAUCUUCUACCGAUCGUAUUGUCGUGAAGAAGCUCUCCGAAUGCGUGGGAACGUACAUUGAGGUCGGAGACGUACCUGCCUUCCCUGGGAAGAUGUACCAAGUCCUCAAGUCCACCUUCAACUCUUUCACUCGCCGUCUGGCAUCCAUCAAUCUGUCCUCCCUUCGCUCCGCCAUCGGUCGCCACACCCGUCGCUCUAGCUCGCCAUCGGACGUUGAGCACAGCACCGUGCCCCUUGAAGAUAUAUCCUCCCGGGCUUCUGGCAGUCCCCAGAUGCCUCAAGGUGGCGCUGGUGAUGAUGCUGGGGUGAUCUUGAUCAAAAAUGACAAGACCAGAUCACCCAAUCUGAGCCUCAAUAUCCAGGAGCAUUUGCAUCCCAAGUUUGGAGAUUUACAUCUAUUCUUGGCACUCGCUGUCGCCCUACUCGUGAUGACUGGUGUCAGGUAUUUCAUCAACAACCAUCUUGCGAGUCAUCCAAGUGCAAGGCGUCUCACAUCGGGGUUUGAGAUGGAUUGGCUUUCGAUGACCAUGGCCAAAGGCCUCCAAGAUGCACCAUGGUCGCAAACGCCCGAGUCAACAUUACAUGCAGAGUCAGACAGCUCUUCUCGUCCGUGGGCUGCGAACGGUGGCUGGGACUGGAAGGCCCCUAGCUGGGAGGAUCUCGCGAAAUGUGUGCCACUUAUCCCCGACGCUCCGCUGGAUUCCACCCCUCGGCCUUCCAAGGCUCAAGAAGUUUUGAACCUUAGGAAAGGUAUCGCCAAUGCUGGAGCCACACUUCCUCCAUUGACGACGCUGGCUGUUUCCGUUGCUCGAGCCAUAGAGGGUACGCUAAACACGCUCGCUACCUCGGGUGAAGGUCACCUAGAACCUGGCUGCAGCAGUCUUUUGUGGAGGAUUGGGGGUCACCCAGAUGACAUUGUUGAGAUCCGUAUCAAUUUUGAUGACAAGAGGAAGAAAUGGCACGUACCAGCUGGCGAUCUGGAAGCCAUGCUGUCCCUCUGGUCAUUCAAGACCAGCUGCAGGGACGAAGCCCGAGGAACGCAGCUGACAGCCGAAGCGGCACCUGUUGGAGAAGGCAUCUCAACUGGGCCACCUGCUGGACAUGCAAGCGUUGCCCAGGAAGAUGAGUGGCUUCGGGCGCAUUCUCAAAACCACACGUCGCUUUAUCCAAUGCCAUUAGAAGGAAACCCCCUCCCAGCCCUAUUCCAAGAGAUCAACCUGUGGUUCAGUGAGCCUUUUCGAGAUACCCGUCAAUUCGGGCUAAUCGCUCUCGAACACGGAGCUACCUCAUUAUCAUACACCGACCCCGCGCAAUCCUCAGACCCAAGACUGUCAACAUUGUCCUCAUCGGGCUUGCCAGGCAAGCACUUCGUAAGUUUGGGUCAAGUGACAACUCUUGUGCAAGAGCCAGAGGACUCUCUUCAAACCAGCCUUGCACAACAUUUGUUCAGCUUGUUCAUGUGGUCAUUGGCCAAAACACUGAAGAAGCCGAUAGGUGGCGAAGCUGAAGUGACGGACAUAACCGGCCAAACACCUCCCGGGGGUUCACUGCGGACUCGUUUUGCCCUGGACAACUCAUGUCUUCGAGAGAUAUCUACCCAAAUCUCUCUCGCUGGUCUUGGGGAACAGGGCGCAGUGUUCCCUUCACUUUUGCUACCACUAUUAGUGGUAGAGAAGGUGCCCAGUUACCGGGCAAUUGUUGAAACCGCUGUGAACCGCAAUGAUCGUGAGCUACAAAGGAAGCCCUCGGAUACCAACAUACAUGUUGGUAUUUGGUCAUUUUGGAAUCUUCUUGGACUUCCAAGCCAAAAAGAUCAUUUCCUCCAAGUAGCUUCGGUUUUGAUGAACAGUCUGGUGCAUAUGCAUGCAGAUCACGGACCAGACAAGGAAACUCGUUCCGCCAUCAUGUGUGACUUGACCUCUAUUAUAGAGGAAACACGGAGCUACAUUGGAGAUUCUGGCUGGAAAAUUUUGAAGAGAGUGGUGAGUCUUUCAAAAUCCCAUGAUGCACGUUUCCCUGGAGCGUUCAAUUCUACAUCUGCGCAUCUGGGACUGGAACCGACAUCAGAGCACUCAGGAAACACCCCAAACCCUGGGCCACCACAGAACAACUUGCCUCCUCUUCAUCAUUUGUGCCUCGACGAAGGAGAUCUGAGCAUUGAGAGUAUCAGAGAGGUGAUCCGCGACAACAAAGAUCACAUCAACACUGUAGACAUAUUCGGGCGGGCGGUGAUCCAUUACGCCGUCCAAAUGAACUCUUGGGUCAAGAACGACUUGGUGAACCUGUUGGUUUUAAACGGUGCUAAAGUCGAUAUACCUGAUCUUCUUGGGCGAACUCCCGUGCAUCUAGCCGCCCAUUGCCCUGGAACGAGUCUGGUCAUGUUGGGUGACUACACUCUCAAUUACCCUCGCUACAACGGUCGCCCUAAAUUUCGCUCUCGCAACUUUCGCUCUCGCGAUCAACAUGUCUUUCACAAUCACUAUUACGAUCAAAAUUACGUUGCGCGUGAUUCGGAGGGGCUCACACCGUUGCAUCAUGCAAUUGCGUGGGGGGAACAGGAUGUGAAAGAUUGGCUGUUACAACGCAAGCAGAGAUUCUCCGCUGAGGCUGAUGACGGUGUUGAUUCUGAGGUUGUUCAUUACUGCGCACGCUAUGGCGAAGCUCGUGAGGUAAUUCGUAUCAGAUCGGGUCUCAUGAACCUCCACGACAACUUUGGUAGAAGUGGCUUCCACAUGGCUGUUAUCAAUCCCAAUAUCAUGCCAGAGCACAUUCCUGACAUUUUCAGACACCUCUCCGAUUUUGAUCACCGAGACUCGUUCUCAGAAACACCUUUGGACCUCGCGAAGCGAAUGUACAGCGCUGGAUGUGGUCAUGCAUGCUCUUCAGCUUGUGAAAGUCGUAUGAAGAAGGCUAAGUUCUAUUCCCGUUUAGAACAGCAAAAAAUUGAAUUACGUAUACUACAAAGAUAG